UAAAAUGUGUGAAUCAUUGCAUUAAAUGACAAAAUAAUAAACAAAAUUGUUUUUGUAGUGAAUAUUAUUUAUUGAGUGAAUGUGUUAACAAUUGUUGUCAAUUGAGUACUAUUUUAGCCAAUAGUUUGCCAUCAGAUUUGAUGAUUCAAUUGAAUUGUGUGUAAAAUAUCUAUAAAUUUAAACGAAAUCAAUGGCUGAACUGUUACAGAGAUUCAGUGGUAAUCCGUUUUCAACGAGUGUCGGCCAAAAAAUCGAACAGGCAACCGAUGCUUCACUCGACUCGGAAAACUGGGCGCUAAAUAUGGAAAUAUGUGACCACAUUAACGAUACCGACGAAGGUCCCCGGGAUGCCGUGCGUGCCAUCAAAAAGCGAUUACAGCAGAGCUCCGGUAAAAACUUUACGGUCGUUAUGUUCACACUUAUCGUUCUUGAAGCUUGUGUUAAGAAUUGUGGCAAAAGAUUUCACAUUUUGGUUACAAAUAAAGACUUUGUUCAGGAAUUAGUCAAACUUAUCGGCCCUAAGAACGAUCCGCCGACUAAUGUUCAGGAAAAGGUAUUAAGUUUAAUUCAGAGUUGGGCGCAUGCAUUUAGAGGACAACCUGAUCUCCAAGGAGUAGUACAAGUCUAUAGCGAACUCAAGAGUAAAGGCAUUGAAUUCCCAGCGAUAGACACUGAGGCUAUGCCUCCCAUACAUACUCCUCAAAGAACCAAAUCGGCGACAUCUAACAAUUCAGAAGCAUUUGCAUCGACAGGUGCUCACGCUGUCAAUACACCACUAAGUACUGCAACGGGUGGAAGUGCUUCGGGUGUUUCCCAAUCCCACCCGAAGACGAUGCCAACUACUAGACGUGCCAUUCAAGGACCGAUGCAAUUGACUCCGGAACAGUUGGCAAAGUUAAGGAGUGAACUCGAUAUCGUUCAGUCAAAUAUGAAAGUUUUCAAUGAAAUGCUAACUGAAUUGACGCCCGGAAGCGAACAUAACGACGACUGGCAAUUGUUGUCCGACUUGAACGCCACGUGUCAGACAAUGCAGACCCGAAUUGUUGAGCUCAUUGAACGAGUAGCCAAUGAAGAGGUGACCAAUGAGUUGUUGAGAGUUAACGACGAAUUAAAUAAUCUAUUUUUGCGUUACGAGAGACACGCCAAGAAACACAAACCCCAACUACAGUCUCCCACUAAUAGAGCACAACAGGCACCACAACAACCAUCGGAACCAACUUUAAUUGAUUUUGACUCUACCGAUGAUUCAACUGCAGGUGUGACGAGUCGUUUGGCGGAUAUUCAAUUGAGUGGUAUUAGCGCAGCCGCUUCCAAACCGGUGGAAUCAGCUACUGGUGAUCUAGACUUUGACGCUUUCGCUCAGUCGAGAUCGACAACCAAUAAGGACAAUAACAUUAGUGACUUGAGUACAGCACAGGUCCCACACGAACAAGAAUUCGACGAAAUAGAGAAAUGGCUCGAAGAUGAGCCGGCAAUUGCUGGCAAUGAGUUCGACAGGUUCUUAGCCGAGAGAGCGGCAGCCGUUGAGAAACAGCCGCCAAAACCAAACACUGAUCAACCAAAACCUGAUGAUAAAAAUCUUUUAUAGCUUAAUAAUUAUGAUUUGCUUACAUUACGCUUAUAACUAAUUAUUAUAAUAAUUUAAAUUAUAAU